AUGCGCAGCGCACAAAACAGUUUACGGUAAGCGAGUUGUGCACCGUUUUACGGCACCCCGUUACACACCGGAAUGCAACACUCGGGCUCCAGAACUCAACCUGAUCAACGGGGAUUUGUUUUCAUUACUGCACUGAAACUCGGAUUAGCGACACCGCUUUAAUCAGAGCCGCUCUUUAGUUAGCUGUAGCCGAGUUAGCACGCUAGUCAGGUUUGCAGUCUGUGUAAAUGUGCUGGAAGCCUAGUUAUAAAUAAAUAUCUCGCUAGCGAAAGACCUUAACUUUGUAUUACUUAGAGAGUAACAUUGAGCCGAAAGCGUUUUAAGUGCAAGCAUGUCAGUUUAAGACCAACAACAAACACCAGAGUUAUGUUUUUAUUUCUCUUCGGGUUGCUAAGCUAGCCACUAGCACGCGCAGCUGACCCGCACCGUGCCUUCAGUCACGUCGUUCAUGCUGCCUUCAAGUUCUCUCGGAAUGAUGGUUCAUUACGGAUUUCCCACUUAGAGUUAAUUAAUAACACAGCUUAAUAUUUUCACUCAAUGAAGUUGUUAUACAGUGUUAGUUUCAGUUUCAGAGCCGCUGGUUGGUAGGUAAAGCGUGUUUUUUUUUAUCGAUAAAUAUAGAUAUAUUUUUAUAUUAGGGGAAAAAAGUUUGGGUAUUUUUAUAUCUUUAUAUAGGAUACGUAACUGUUUGGAUGUUUUUUGUAAAAUAAAUCCGAUAUAAAUGCUUAUUAUAUGUGAAUGUUCAUAAAUUAUAUUGGUUAUUAUUAGAUUAUAAAGUGUAAUAUUUAGACUAAAGAGGGGGAAAAGGCUACUCCUUAUUACAGGAAUACGAGGAGCGCCUGAACGCUGCAUUAGUGUCGCUAAUAAACUAACUAACAUGGGCACGUGAACGCGCUUUAUCAAAACAAUUAAAUUAAUAUAUUUUUUAAAAAAACGCCGCAGCGCAAACGCGAGGAGACCGCAAAACCACCGAACAUGUCUGCGGGUGGUGGCUUCAUGGAUCUGCGGGACAAGCUGAAGUCUAUGACCCCGCACCGGGAGAACCAGAGCGCGCCUGAGAAAGUCUCCUCGGAGCGCGGCGGGGCGAAGAAGCGCGCGCGCCGCUACACCGGGGACGCGCAGCAGGAGGGAGACGAGGACGCGGACUCGCGCGCGUCGCAGGCGCGCAAGGUGCGCAGCGGCAUCACGCAGACGCGCGUGUUCACGCCCGACGAGUGCGCGCAGAUCGAGGCGCGCAUCGACGAGGUGGUGGCGCGCGGCGCGCGCGGGCUGUACCGCGAGCACACGGUGGACCGCGCGCCGCUGCGCAACAAGUACUUCUUCGGCGAGGGCUACACGUACGGCGCGCAGCUGGAGAAGCGCGGCCCCGGCCAGGAGCGCCUGUACUCCAAGGGCGAGGUGGACGAGAUCCCGGACUGGGUGCACGAGCUCGUCAUCGAGCCCCUGGUGGCGCGCGGCAUCAUCCGCGAGGGCUUCGUCAACAGCGCCGUGAUCAACGACUACCAGCCCGGCGGCUGCAUCGUGUCCCACGUCGACCCCAUCCACAUCUUCGAGCGGCCCAUCGUGUCCGUGUCGUUCUUCAGCGACAGCGCGCUCUGCUUCGGCUGCAAGUUCCAGUUCAAACCCAUCCGCGUGUCCGAGCCCGUGCUGUGUCUCCCGGUGCGCCGCGGCAGCGUCACCUUACUCAGCGGAUACGCGGCUGAUGACAUCACACACUGCAUCCGGCCUCAGGACAUCAAGCAGCGCCGAGCCGUCAUCAUCCUCAGGAAGACGAGACCGAACGCACCUCGUCUGGACACGGCUUCUCUCGAUCUGUUCUCCAGUCAGACGUCUGAGAGACGACACGUCCUGAAGGCAAAGCGCUCACACCGUAAAGCCGACCCAGAUGCUGCACACAGACCUCGUAUAUUAGAGAUGGAUAAAGAACAGCACAGGCGUUCUCUCCUCCUCCAGCAGAGUCGUCACGGUGACGAUGAGGACGAGGACGACGGCGGCUCCUCUGAGAACUCGUGGAGGAGAGUCGUGAACGCUCCGUCACACUCUGAACAUACGCCGUCAUCUCGCCGUGUGAAGAUGAGACGCCACUGACGAACGAUAAUCAACAAUCGACUGUUAGUUUAAUAACAAAAAAAAAAAAGCAUAGUCACAUCUGACGGGUCGUUAAACGUCAGCACAUGUGAGGUUCCCAGUGAGGAACGGGCGCUGCUGUGGGCGCGCUCGCUCUUAUUUAUAUCGUUUUUGUAAGAACAGAGCGCGUUUUUAGUUGAAGGUCUUACAGCGUCACAGCGUUCGGUUCAAACCUCUGCAGCAACACAAUCAGAUACAAAUACAAACUGGUUUAAUGUUUCCCAUUGGGGAUUUGUUUUUGUUUGUUUUGUUUUUUUGCGUCAGGCUGUUUGUUGAUCAAUUUUCAGCACCUUAAUGCGCGACCUGGAGCUCGGUGUUUGAAGGAACUGUACAUUUUUGGAGUUUUUCAGUGUGUGUGCGGCGUGUGUGACAGGGUGCAUCGAUCCCGACCUCAUUUACAAUAUUCUCAGAAAAUAAGUCUCAGAAAUAAAAACACAAAAAAAAUCUCAGACAGUAAAUGAUGCCAAGUGACACGUUUUUACGAUUUAUGAUUCAAACAAUCAGAAAACAUCACAAGUGGGAGAAAUUUCAGUAUCCUCUUACAGGUCACAUAACCCGGUGAUGACGAUUAAACAGCACAAGGUAGAACACGAAAAACUUCUGCGAGUACUGAGACACGCCCACUUCUUCUCAUUUAAUUAAUCCGAAGUACGGAGUGCUGAUUUCCAGAUGAUCACGAGUCCUAAAGAAAGGUACUUGAUCUAAUAAUAAAAAAACAAAA